AUGGCCACAACACUCUUACGCACUACCCGCACUACCCGCACUACCCGCACGACGACGACGACCCCAUCGCACCUCCUCUCCCUCCUGUCCCUCCUCCCCCGACUGACCCUCCUCUCACCCUCGACCUCGACAUCCUCCCCAUCAUACGUGCGCGUCUCAACAACAACACCCCCACCCUGGAAUCGAAUAGGAUCUGUGCUCGAAGGAUUGCGAGGCUGGUUAGCCUUACCCCCUAUCGUGUGGGCCGUUCCGAAGAGCAAGACUUCGCAUAGUAAGAAAUCGAUGAGGAGUGCGGGCAAAGGUUUGAAGCAACGUACAAGUCAGUCAGUAGGCUGUCGAUCUUGGAUCUUGGGCUUCGUCGGUCGUCUCAUGUGAGUUUUAUUAGGCUGAUGGUCUCUGACUCUUUGUCCCCCCCCCCCCCCUGUCCCCGUCCCCGUCCCUGUCCCCGUCCCUGGUUUUUUUUAAUAGAUUUGGUCGGUUGUCCUUCGUGCGGUUUGCCUAAACCUUCGCAUAUGAUAUGUCACGAGUGUCACGUCGCGUUCAGGAAGGAGAUUCAUGCGGAGGCCAAGAUGCUGAGAAAGGGAUGA